GAUCGCUCUUAUUAAUCUUAAAUAUUAUAGGUUAUAAAAAAAUAUACAUCUGCUUUUGUUUCAGGAGCUUGCCGUGCAGAAUGUGGCACACAGUUCCUGAAAUGCCAAUAUUGUUGAGUGUUAGGAAAAGAUAUGAACCCAUGGUUUCAUUACAACCGCCUUGUGAUGUAGUCGAUGAUUCCCAACAGUUGGUCAAGCCAUUGAGAGAUAGUACUAUUGUGUGGGAGGAGUUACCAAAAUCAUCUACAGCGAAAUAUUCCUCUGGAAACUCUAUAGAGUGGGAGGAACUUCCAAAAACAGUCUUGAACCAAACUACUGAAGAGUCAGCCAGAGAUGAGGUGGACAUCUUCAGGAAAGAUCCACAGGGUUCACUGGGAACGUUUUUAGAAUCCUCAUUAAGAUUGGACGGAAAGCAACUUAAUGAAGCAGAAGAUGGAUUACUGGUGCUGAGGAAUGAAUGUGUUGAAUGUGACAAUGCAUUUAUGGAGGUAUGGACAGAUACAGAUGCAUUGGCAAAACAAAAUGAAAAGUUGGAAGAAACAAUGUUUUCACUGGAAGAGAAUGCUAGUGCACACCCUGAAGUGGAACCCAUUAUAGGAACAACAAUGUCAUUACCAAGUAAAGACAAUCCUGAACACAAGGAUAUCACAGAACCACUUUAUUUUAAACAACAAAUUUCACAAAUAUCUCAGUGUGAUGAAUCUAAUAUGACCAGACUUGUGAGCUCCUGCCCUCUUAACUCUUCUAUAAAAGGAAUUCCAUCCAUGUCUCAACCAUGUAAGCAAACUUGGUCAACCAGUUGCAAACCGUCAGGUGCAAGGCUGCUAAAAUCUAAAGUGGCACCAAUUAAAGACAUACAUUUUAGAGAUGAUAUAAAAGCUAUGUCUACACUAGUCCCAACCUGUCCCCGAUUUGCCACUAUUCCCGGGUUCCCAUCUGGUUCUGAGUCUGCUUAUGGUUCCAGUGGGAUAAAUCUAUAUCCUUCAUGCCCAGCGGUUGCAUCUUCAGCUGGGUUUCCAUCUCUCCAGAAGGCAGAUAGCAGAAACUGGGAAAUCAGUCAAUGUUUAAUUUUGGAAAAGAGCUUAAAAACAGUCCAUGUGAUCAUUAGAAACCAAGAAAAUGUUUAA